AUGUCCACGUGGAGGCGGUCACCACUCCUCUUCUCGGUAUUCAGAUAUUUUGUUGGUAUCUACCGAUCGAGCCUCGAUGCAGACUGCCGUCUUGAUGUGGCGGUGAAUCAGGCACGAAUUGAAGUUCUAGGUCAAUUGUCUUCCAAUCUCCUUCCUACCAGCACCUCCGUUCCAAUUCGAAAGACUGAAGUCCUCUUUGUUGUCUGCAUGUUUGGCCUCAGCAGUAGUUGGUACGACUUGAAUGACCUCGGAUUAGAACACUACAAUGCUGCUACCGCUCUCCUACCGGAACUGCAGCUGCAGACAUCCAAUGUUGCCCCGAGAACCGCUCAAUUCUUUGCCGAAUUCUUGGUAUACUGGUGGAUGAUGCUAUCAUUUGCUUACAAUCCGGGCUCUCACAAAAUCCAGAAUCCACCACCAAUUUGUCCUCGGGAGGCGCUAGAGCUCCGAAUCCCGCACCCGCUUACUGGUGUAUCGCCAGAAUCUCAACUUCUUCUGGGCAUGGUCGGCCGUCUCGUCCUAUCUCAGCGUAGGAUGGCCCUUCAGCAACCAGCAACUACCGCAGGUUUGCUCCCUUGCACGCUCUCUGACGAUGUGCGACCUCGAGAACUUGAGUCUCAACUGAUUUCUUUGGAACUUCCCAGACCAAAUAUGGUCUUAGAUCCGGAAGAUCCUCAUACCUCUGUCCAUGACCUGAUCAACAUUGCGCAAGCAUAUCGACUGUGCGGCCUUUUACUACUCUAUCAUACUUACCCCAACCUCCUUGAGGUCAAAAUGGCUAACCAUGCUUCGCACGGCAUGAGAACAUCAUUCGCUCGGAAUCACAAAACAAACUCGGAGUUUCUAGUAUCAUUAGCAAUUCACGUUUUACAGGUGUUGGAGCAGAACUCGAAAAGCUCCGGCACUCGGACCAUCGAAGCAAUUUUGCUUCUGAUCAUAUCCGGCGAACUUUCGCAGAACAUGAUCAAUCCUUGUGGCAGUGAGAGCGAGAUUCAAUGUGACAUAUGCUCUCAGCUGCCUGCAAUUACGCAGUGUCAAAAGUUAUCCGACUCGCAUCACCGAUUGACAGUGACGGAAGCAAGAUCCAUAGUCAUCGCCCGGUUUGAACGAAUCCAAGCUAUCCUACCCUUCAGUACAAUCCGGCAUAUGAAGUCCUUGGUCCUAGAGACCUGGCGGUUCAUGGACCAAGGAUUAGAUGUCUUUUGGGUGGAUUUGUUGAUCAAAAACAACUGGCAGUUCGUGAUGAUCUGA